AUGGCAUACUCUUCUGUUAAGAGCGUUGUUUCUACGCUAUUGCUAGCAGCUACCAGCCAUGCUGCUGUGCUAGCCCCGACCAACGAUAUUGUUUUCCCGUCGGGCUCUACGGUUCAGAACCCGUUGAUUUACUCUGGCGGAAAUACUCCGUUCUUUGCCGGCCCCAAUGUCAAUGGUAUCGAUAACAGUGUGCCUGAGAAGUGUACGGUUCAACAGGCUGCAUAUGUCGUGAGACAUGGAAGCAGAUUCCCCGACACGGGUUCUUAUGAAUCUUGGGUUGGGAUUCAAGAAAAGAUCCAAAUUGCUGUCAAGGGGAAAGGAUUCGAUGCUCGUGGAGCGCUCUCUUUCAUUGCUGAUUGGAGCCCAGUGUUGACUAACCCAACGUUGCAAAUUGCAUCGGAGUCCAUGACUGGUUGGAAGGAAGCCACUGAUCUUGGUUACCAACUAAGAGCUCGCUAUCCCGACUUCUACGAAGAUGGCAACCCUUUCUACGUGUGGGCCAACCAGUACAAGGCCCCCAUCAACGAGUCCCGAGUCGUCCAGACAGCUCGUGCUUUUGUCAAUGGCUACCUGUACGAGUUCGCUGAUACCUACGGCUCGGUGGUCAGUGUGAACUCCACCGGCUCUGUCAGCGCCAUCGGUAACUCCCUUGGCCCCUCUGAUUCCUGCCCACUUUUCGCCUCUACUUCCAGCGGAGGCGACAAUGUUACCGAUUGGGAUGCUACUUGGGCACCCAAGGCCGUGAACCGACUCAACUCAUUGGUCAGCGGCAACCUGACCUUCGAUGAGACCGACAUUCUUUUCUUCCCGUACAUGUGUGCAUACGAGAGUCAGAUUACCGGCAACCUGAGCCCCUGGUGCAAUGUGUUCACCGAAUCCGAGCUCACAAACUACGCCUACUCGCAAGACUUGAGCUACUACUACGACGUUGGCCCUGGUGCUGAUGGGCCCGCCCCCGUCCUUUUCUUGCCUUUCCUUAACAGCCUUGUGACUCUGCUGGCCGAGGGUCCCGGUCAGACUGGUACCAGUGCCGACGGAGGCAGCUUCACAGUUCCCAACCUGAUCAUGGCGUUCUUGAACGAUAACCAGAUUGCCGAGAUGACCGCUGCUAUGGGCAUUUUCGAUAACGAGGCUCAUCUUCCCGAUACCCAUAUCCCUGCUAACCACCUGUACAAUGUGGCCCACUUUAUCACCAUGCGCGGCACUGUUGCCUUUGAGGCGUUGAACUGCGAAGUCGAAUCGGGACACAAGACUUCGAAUGAGACCUAUCUCCGGGUUUUGUUCAACGACGCUGUUUACCCGAUUGCCAGCUGCCAGAGUGGACCGGGCAAGAGCUGCCUUUUGUCCGAGUAUGCCACUUUCAUCGAGAAGAAGAACAAGGCUGCUGGCAAUUUCAUCGAGUACUGCAAUGUGACCGAGACUGGUCACCCAACUACCGUUGCAGGAGCUAGCUUCUUUACUGAUCUCUCAUUGGACUUUUUGACCUUUGUCAACCCUUGA